AUGACUAUGACUAUUUACAAAUUGCUAAACACGCAAAAAUUCAUUCCAGUUCAGUUUUUCAUAUUCUGCACAAGUUUGGUCACGGCUUUCAUUUUUUUCACAUCGUUGUUUAAUUGGACAACAACAACUUCUGCAAAUGCAAUUUCAAAAAAGUUAACUUUAAAUAACGAUAGCUUUUACACAAAAUCUACAAUGCAGUACAAGGGUGUUUUCGAUCCAAUGGAUGGUAUUGGAUUUGAUUUUGAGAAAUAUGAUAUCUCGCCGUUUCCCAAGUUUCAAGAUUUAGAGAAAUUACAUGUUUGUGACUUAUCUGUUGAUAAAUUGAAGCCAAGAACAACACCGGCUAAAUUACUAAAAGGGUUUCAUGAUUGUGUUGAUCCAUUAUUUGAAGAUGUUCUCAUUAAAAUGGAGCCCAAAAACUUUUCACUCGAAAUUUGCAAAAUAAUUAAAAAAUGCGAUACGAUUCCGGAAUUUACCAAUCUUUCAAUUGAUGAGUUUCCCAAUGAUCAUGAAAUCAAAUGGGCAAUCCUACCAAAAUGUGUGAGAUACUUUCUGGAAACAUGAUUUUUUUCUAAUUUCAUAUAAUUCCAGAAAGAAGAUAAUGUUAUGGUAACAUUAGGUAUUGGACUUGAUGUAAAAGCUGAAGUGCUACUCUCUAGAACUCUUCCAAAUACAACAUUCUAUGGGGCUGAUCCAAUUAUCCAACCAAAUCUUCAAAUGUACUCACAUUUUGGUGGAAAGUUUUUUCCAUUUGCAGUUGGAAAAGAUGCAGGAAUUAAUAGAUUCAAAGUUUUACCAAAUCAAAAUAAAAAAACAAGAGAAUACACGUAUCAAGAUGUCACUACAAUUGAUGUGCCAUAUUUUUUCAACAAUAUUCUAAAAUUGAAAAGAAUUGAUUUUUUAUGGAUUGAUAUUGAAGGAGGAGAAUUAACGUUUUUGCAUUACUUGAACAGGGGAAAUCAGUUUGAUAAACUUGGAAUCACAGUUUGUCAGUUCAACGUUGAAGUAAGUCUACAUUUUUAUAAAAUAUCGCAAAAAACUAUGUAAUGACUACCAUCUGAUUGUGAGCGAGUUAUGCAUCUUUGUGUUCUUCUCAGAGAAAGUCUGGCUUGAACGGCGCCGUCCGCCGACGAUUUUUCACCAUUUUAGAUGGGAAUCAUUACGCGGAUUCCGCGAAAAAAAAAAGAGAGUGUGUCGCAGGUUCUGAAAUCGUUAGCGACACAUUUCAGCAGAUCUGCGCAGACGACUGCGAUUAACUAAAAAGUGUCGCACGUUCGCUCAAAACGGUCGCACUUCUGCGCCACCAAAGAAUCUAGUCGCAAAUUAGCGCCAAGGUUGCUAAUUUUUUCCCGAGAUUGUUGCAGGUUCUGACGUUUGAUAUCGUUUUUUGCCCGAUAAGUGUAAUUUGUAUUUUCAGCUUCAUCCUGAUUUCUGGCCAAAUGGGUAUCAAAUUGUAUUUGAUUUCAUACCUCAAAUCCUCCGCGAAAAUCGAUAUGUUUUUCUGAAACCAUUAGAAACAACAACUGGUGUUUUCCGAUUAUUUUUCAUUAAUGUUGAAAAUCAAGAAUGUGUCAGAAAGUAUAUACAGUGA